UCCUCCGGAUUUUUGAAAUGCCUCUAUUUUAUUCUAUCAGCGGGAGGCAGAUUCUCGUCAGGGCCGCGUCCAUUUCUUCUUCCAUAGGGAGGUCCGUGCUGGAGUGAAUUUUGCUGAAUUGAAUUAUGAAUAACACGUAUUCUCCUAAUUGACAGUUCAGAAUUUUCUGACGUUUCCAAACAUUUGUAUUUGCAUUGGUUAUUUGGUCAUGUACUUUUAAAAAAAAAAUACAUUUUGACCCCCCCCCCUUCUUAGAAAACAUGGUACGCCCCACUCCCUGCCGUUAGCCGUUGUUGUAUCCAAUGCUAGUGAACAGAUAUGUUGGGAUACCAACUAGCUACACGGCGGCAUUAAAGCCACGAAAAGAUGAGCCUGCACGGGAUUAAAACAAUAAAACAAACAACAGGAAGUCUGGAAAAACUUUGCCCAACAGUGCCCAAACUUUGGUAGACUCCAACCCGAGUCACUUCCCGUCAGUUUCGAGCGUGUUAGCAUUGUUUCACCUCAACACUAUUCCCGUUGGACGCGGGUUUUUUUUUUUUUUCUUCCCCCCGGAGCGGUCCAGUCUGAUGAAUUCUCCGAAAAAAGACGCAGAUGACGAUGUGCCCGUUAAGGACCCGGUGAAAUACGGCGAAUUGGUCAUUUUAGGGUACAAUGGCUCUCUACCCAGCGGAGAUCGCGGGCGCAGGAAGAGCCGCUUCGCUCUGUACCGACGGGCCAAGGCCAACGGGGUCAAACCCAGCGCCGUGCACAUCCUCAACACGCCGCAGGACGGCAAGGCGGUGCACAGCAGGGGGCAGCACAGCAUCUCUUUCACUCUGUCUCGCAACCAGACGGUGGUGGUGGAGUACUGCCAUGACAACAGCACAGACAUGUUCCAGAUCGGACGCUCCACAGAGAGCCCCAUUGACUUUGUGGUGACGGACACCUCCGGGGGGGGGAAGGAGGGGGAGGACCCCUCCAUCGCUCCGAGCACCAUCUCGCGUUUUGCCUGCCGGGUGGUGUGCGAACGCAGCCCGCCUUACACCGCGCGGAUCUACGCCGCUGGCUUUGACUCCUCCAAAAACAUCUUCCUAGGGGAGAAAGCAACCAAAUGGAAGAACCCCGACGGGCACAUGGACGGGCUGACCACCAACGGCGUGCUGGUGAUGCACCCGGAGGGGUUCCCAGAGGACCCCAAGCAGGGUCUGUGGAGGGAGAUCUCCGUCUGCGGCGACGUCUACGCCCUGCGCGAGACGCGCUCCGGCCCCACCCGGGGAACACUGGCGGAGGGGGAGAGCAGCGCGCUGCGCGACGGUUCCCUGGUGGACCUGUGCGGCGCCACCCUGCUGUGGCGCACGGGCGAGGGCCUCAUGCGCUCCCCCACCCUGCGUCACCUGGAAGCACUCCGCCAGGAGCUCAACGCGUCCCGGCCCCAGUGUCCGGUGGGCCUGAGCACGCUGGCCUUCCCCAGCCUGCCCCGCAGCCACAGCCUCGAGGAGCGCCAGCCCUGGGUCUACCUCACCUGCGGCCAUGUCCACGGGCGCCACGACUGGGGCCAGAGGUCGGAGGGCGUGGCGCAGCCGCGAGAGGGCGAGGGCUCGACCGCCCGCCGAGAAUGCCCCCUGUGCCGCAGCGUGGGGCCCUACGUGCCCCUGUGGCUGGGCUGCGAGCCGGCCGUGUACGUGGACGCCGGGGCUCCCACUCACGCCUUUGUGCCGUGCGGCCACGUCUGCUCGGAGAGGACAGCCAGGUACUGGGCGGAGACGCCGCUCCCGCACGGGACGCACGCCUUCAGGGCCGUCUGCCCCUUCUGCUCCGCCGCCCUCAGCAGCCCCGGCUGGACGCGGCUCAUCUUCCAGGGCCCCAUCGACUAGCCCGCCGUCCCCAGGCGACGGCAGGAUGCCCGGGGCCGCGUCCACCUCGCAGCGCUGUCACGUUGUUCGUCAAACAGCGUCCAUCGCCGUUCCUGGAUGUAGCCCGCCGCUUAGUCCCCGCCCCCCGUUCGUCCCUCAGUGCUUGUUGGCUGGUAUAAAAAAAAGACAAGCUCAGCUGUCACUUACUGUCACGACUGUAUUUAGUGUAACUGGAAGAUUCCGCUGUUUUUUUAUUCCAACUUAAGGUGGGCUUAACGGGAAAGGGGCCUCACAGGUAAAACCAAUUUACACACAGAAGCUUAAAACGAAAAACAAUUAUUUUCACCCCAUCAAGCUAAUUUUACUUUAAUUUCUCCGUCUCGGAAGCCAUGUCUGAAAUGACAAGUAGCUGUUUGCACAAAAAGAAAGGAAUGGCCUUUUUACUCGGUUCAUCUGCGACGCCUCACUGGCCCGCAGCGCCCGCGUGUCCUUAACCCGGUGAAACGCCGCCUCUUGCACUUCUCGGCCCGACGUCCGACCGCAUCUUACAGCGAGCCGCUCAUCCAACAGUAUUUACCCAUCUGGCCUCCAGAUUAUGCAACAAAAACACAAAACACCUUUCACACGUGGUCUCUCUCUCUCUCUGAAGACCUUCCCGACCGACCCGGCUGGUGCAUCCGCAGAGCUGUGUGGUCACCACCACUCUGCGUUCGCACAUUACCACACACAAACGCUGAGGCUCCUCGUGCCGUAUGAAGGUUGGAAUAAAAAACCAGCAGACUCUUAGUUGAUCGCUAGAGGGAGCCGCCCCCCCCCAAACCCCACGGCCCAUUCUUACCCGGAUCGUGAAGCCGGCGGAGGAUGAAAACCGGGUGAAAUGCACUUCAUAACUCUGCAGCAAUAAUAGCAGUCCCAUAGAUAAGCUCGACGUUGUGUAGAUCUGCCCAAAUGGUUUCCAGGUAAAGGGCUCGACCAGAGGCGUGUUCAAUGUCACCAUUUGUUUUAUUUCCAGAUGUGGUGGUGUGUGUGUGUGUGUGUGCGUGUGCGUGAGAGAGACAUUUAACCAAAGCACACUAGAAUUUAAAGACGAGCAACUGAAACCCCCGACAUUUAUUUAAAUGCUCGCUUCAGACGCAUUUAUAGCCUCAACACGCAGAAGAACACGUCAGACGAACCAAUCACGUCGCUUCUGCUACUUUGGACACACUUCUGGUUGCUGAAUUAUGCUAAACAGGGUCCGUGUUAGAAUAACCUCAAAAGAUAACCUUUUUUGUUGUUGUUGUUGUUUCAAAGAAAACUAUUUUGUUAGGAAACGGGGAGGAAUUCUUUUAGAUGUUCAGUGUUAUAAAAAAAAAAAAAAAAAACUAUUUUUCUAACUGAUAAGUUUGACUCUGUGUAAGCAGGUUCCGUAUGUUUGUUCUGGCGUGGUAGAUCUUCGGAGGGCGUGUGAGUGACAAAACGUCGCCAACACUGUGUACGACAAACACACACUUGACACACUGCUACCGUGAAAACAUUGCCCAGACAAUGAAUGUAGCCAAAUACUCAGGCUAUAUUUAGCCUCCCUGGUGCUCAUAUUGAAUGGUCUAUAUUGUGAUACUAUUUUUGUAACUGAAUAUCAUGGUGUUGCUUGGUGAACUUGCUUGGGGGGGAAGGAAGAAAAAAAAAAAAAGAGAGAGUCUGAUCACUUUCAAUAGUAGCCUGGAGUGUGGAAGACGUAUAAUUGGUAUCGCACCCUCGCAUGGAAAUAGCGUGUAGCUUGCAUGUGCUGAACGUACACGUCCGGCAUGUCCACCUCUCCGUACACUCACUCAAAGACUUUGCACGGCCCAUCGCCGACCUGCUGCCUGCGCCGAGGGCGUCCGCCGCAGGCCGAGACGUCUUCCCAGCCCUCGGCCGGUGAAACGGCAGCAUUUCAGUUUCGUUUUUAGUUUUAGAAGACCUCGCUAAAAGAAACAUAUAUAUACAAUAUAUACGUAUAUACAUUCACUCACCUAAAGGAUUAUUAGGAACACCACACUAAUACUGUGUUUGACCCCCUUUCGCCUUCAGAACUGCCUUAAUUCUAUGUGGCAUUGAUUCAACAAGGUGCUGAAAGCAUUCUGUAGAAAUGUUGGCCCAUAUUGAUGGACAGCAUCCUGCAGUUGAUGGAGAUCUGUGGGAUGCACAUCCAGGGCACGAAGCUCCCGUUCCACCACAUCCCAAAUCCGCUCUAUUGGGUGGAGAUCUGGGGACUGUGGGGGCCAUUUUAGUACAGCGAACUCAUUGUCAUGUUCAAGAAACCAAUUAGAAAUGAUUGGAGCUUUGUGACCUGGCGCUUUAUCCUGCUGGAAGUAGCCAUCAGAAGAUGGGUAUAUGGUGGCCAUAAAGGGAUGAACAUGGUCAGAAACACUGCUCAGGUAGGCUGUGGCAUUUAAACGAUGCCCAAUUGGCACUAAGGGGCCUAAAGUGGGCCAAGAAAACAUCCCCCACACCAUGACACCACCACCAGCAGCCUGCACAGUGGUGACAAGGCGUGAGGGAUCCAUGUUCUCAUUCUGACUACCAUCUGAACGUCUCAACACAAAUCCAGACUCAUCAGACCAGGCAACAUUUUUCCAGUCUUCAACUGUCCAAUUUUGGUGACCUCUUGCAAAUUGUAGCCUCUUUUUCCUAUUUGUAGUGGAGAUGAGUGGUACCGGUACCGGUGGGGUCUUCUGCCUCAAGGUUUUGCGUGUUGUGGCUUCACAAACGCUUUGCUGCUCACCUCGGUUGUAACGAGUGGUUAUUUCAGUCAAAGUUGCUCUUCUAUCAGCUUGAAUCAGUCGGCCCGUUCUCCUCUGACCUCUAGCAUCAACAAGGCGUUUUCGCCCACACGACUGCAGCAGGACUGGAUGUUUUUCCCUUUUCACACCGUUCCUUGUAAACCCUAGAAACGGUUGCGAGCGUGAAAAUCCCAGUAACUGAGCAGAUGGUGAAAUACUCAGACGCCAACAACCAGGCCACGCUCCAAAUUGCUUAAAUCGCCUUUCUUUCCCAUUGUGACAUUCAGUUUGGAGUUCAGGAGAUUGUCUUCACCAGGACCACACCCCUAAAUGCAUUGAAGCAACUGCCAUGUGAUGGGUUGCAUUAAUGAGAAAUUGAACAGGUCUUCCUAAUAAUCCUUUAGGUGUGUGUGUGUGUGUGUGUGUGUGUGUAUCCCACAGUCUGUAGUGUUUGGGAAUUGCUGUGGCUCAGGAUUUACAGAUGUUGAGUUCACAGCUACAGGCUCCCGGGGGCUCUCGCACAGAGUUGUGUGUCCAAAGCGCUUGUGAAGCGCUUUGGACACACAACUCUGUGCGAGAGCCUCGUCCCGAUGUGAAUGCCCAAUGUGAGAGGAGCGCGGUUGGGUGUGUGGCCUCCGGUCAGCCACACGCAGGGCACAAGCAAAACAUCUGGAUCAGCUGCACGCCAAAUCCAGUCCAACGCGUGCAUCAGUUACCGUAACACCGUUUGGCAUGUGGCACCCUCAGUGGCUUCUAGUUUACAGGCGGACAUAUUUAUUCUCCUUCCCUUUUCCUUUAUUUUAUUCUUGUUCCAACCCUCUUUGGGUUACAGGUGUCUUUAUGCAAGUUUCACUCGGGUUUUUUUUUUUU